UGGGGUGGUAACCACGGCGACGGGAGGGGGCGGGGCGCACACCCGGGCUCUCGGCGCGGCGCGGCCAGCGCGGACAGCGGUUCCCGUCCUCCCCCUGACGGAGCGUCCACUCCACGGCGCUGCGCCGGGCGGCCCGGGAGCGGCAGAGGGAAGAUGGCGCAGCCGCAGACGUUCCCCACGAAGGAUGGGGAGGAUGGCCGUGGGGGCGACAUCGUCACAGAAAAGUUCCGGGUCCGGUCCACGCGGUCCGCCUCGCACGUGCAGCUGGCGUGUCGAGGGUCGCACUGCGCGUUCCCCGUGGACGGGACUGCGCUCUGCGUGCGGAGCACCGCGGACCCCCCCCAGCAGCUUCUGAUCUUAAGAGGACACCAUCAGCCAAUUACUGCUGUGGCGUUCGGCAACACGCAGCGCCCGCUUGUGGUCUGCUCUGCCUCACAAGACCACGUGCUCAUGUGGAGGCUGGACGAGUGCAGAGAGAAGGCGCUUCACGGGACGGACCCGCGCGGGCUCGUCCUGGGCGCCCGCCUGGGAGAGGUGCGGUGCGUGAAGUUCAGCCCGGACGACCAGAUGGCUGCGGUGUGCGCUGGCAACAGGGUCCUCGUGCUGCACGUGCAGAGCCGGACCGCGUGCGCCGAGCUAGAGGGGCACCAGGGCCCCGUGACCGCAGCCGAGUUCUGUGCGUGGCAAGCGCAUGUGGUCGUCUCGGGGUCUGAGGACAGAAGCUUCAAGGUGUGGGACUGUCGCACGGGGGCCCUGAUGCACAGCUCGGCGGUGCUGACAGCCUCCCCCCUCCUGAGCCUCUUCAUCGAUGGGGACAGCCAGCAGCUGGUGGCCGGGGGCGCCGAGGGCCAGCUGUGCAUCUUCAGUUUGGUUGAAGGUCAUCAUUAUCGUCAUGUGACGCGUGUGGACCUGAGGAAAGAGACGGAGAGUUUCUACGCCAGGCGGCCAGGAGAGAGCGGGCUGGACAGAGGGGAUGGGGUCGACGUGGCGCUCCCCGUCCUGAGCCUGGCGCGCUGCGACCUGCCACCGGGCCUGGGCCCCCGGCAUGGAUGCCUUUCCCCGGAGAGGACCCGCUGUGCGUGGGUCGGAAGCUCCGCUGGACUUUUCAUCCUGAGCCUGGCGAGCUUCGAGCUGGAGGCUGCCCUGCAGUACAAGGAUUUUCAGAACCUCAGCAUCCAGGUGGCCGGGUCGUGUGCCGUGAUGAGCAGCUGUGGGAAGGCCUUCUGCUUACUCGCUUCCAUGUUUGGCAAUGAGCUCGCCGGCUUGGAGCUCGACCCAGCUGCUCUGGUGAGGUCCCAGCAGCACCCCCACCUGGGAACGCAGCUCUCAGUGCUGCCCAGCUCCGGUGUCUCGCCGACCUCCCCUCUGUAUUUUGGAGUCGCUGAGGCGACACGUAUCAAGCCGGCCGGCCACCAGCAAGCCGCUACUCGGAGCUCCCUGCGGGACCAGCCCCUGGUCUUCCACAGCCGCGUCCGGUCCUCUGGGUACACGGCUGCACCCCAUGUGGCCAUGUUCUCACCCAAGACCAAUGUCAAGAGUGGCUGUAAGAGACCUUCACGACGCAGGAGCACUCACACCUGUCAGAAGUGCCCUUCGGACAGCCCUCCGCCGACCCAGCUCCGCAGGCGGCUGGCUGUGGCCCCGGGCCCGGUGGCCGUGCGCUGCGUGCAGUUCUCAGGAGACGGGCGCUGGCUGGCCUGUGGCCUGGCCGACCACCUGUCCCUGGUCUUCGAUGCCCAUCUGACUGGAGCACCUGCUGUUUUCUCAGGUCAUGAUGGGGCAGUGAGCGCCCUGGGCUGGAGCCACGAUGCCCGGUGGCUGCUGUCGGCCUCCCUGGACAGGACCCUGAGGGUGUGGUCGGCCCGCAGCCGGGAGCCCGCCCUGUGCCUGGGCACAGACGUGUUCCCAGAGCCUGUGCACCACGCGCAGUUCUACUACCUCGAUUCGUUCGUGCUCGUGUCCUCGGGCCCCGAGUUCCAGCUGCUCAGGCUCCACCUGGACACGCGCAAAGAUGAGAUCAAACGGUACAAACAGAGGAGCCGGUGCACCCGCGUGUUCCGGCUCCCCACGACUGGGGCCGCGGAGAUCACCGGCCUGUCCGCCGCCAACGAGUUUUAUUCCCACCUGGUGCUGGCCACCAGCCGGAGCAGGACAGUGGAAGUCUUCGACCUCAACGUGGGCCGCAGCGCCGCCGUGAUCCAGGGAGUCCAUUCCCGGCCCCCCCACCAGAUCUGCCAGAACCAGGGAUCGUCAUUCACGACCCAGCCACCUCAGGACUAUAAUCUUUUCGCAACCACCGCCGUGGGUGACGGUGUCCGCCUGUGGGACCUGAGAACCCUGAGGUGUGAGCGCCGUUUCGAAGGACACCCGACCCGCUGCUUCCCGUGUGGGAUUGCCUUCAGCCCCUGCGGGCGUUUCGUGGCAUGUGGCGCGGAGGACAGACACGCGUACCUGUACGAGGUGGGCUCCUGCACCUUCUGCCACAGGCUGCCGGGGCACACGGACACGGUCAGCGGGGUGGCCUUCAGCCCGUCCGCCCCUCAGCUCGUCACCGCCACCCUGGACGGCAAACUCCAGCUGUUUGUAGCCGAGUGACGCGCCCUGUGCCGCCGGGCCCCGGCGUGCGGAUGGGGCAGGGCCACGGGCUCGGGGCCCAGCUGGGGCUGCUGCGUCUGUGCCCACAGCCCUGGUUCUACUUUUCACGGGACCCACGGACCCACGGUGCUGCCCCUCCACGCAGAAUCGGUGACGUUAAAGCCGACGUUCCCAAUAAAUAGCCUCAUAUUUGCUUACAAUCGAGACUCUGCAGAGAGAGUGAGAGUGAGUGAGAGAGAGAGAGAGAGACAGACAGGGCAGAAUGGGAGGGCUCCCUCGCGGUGGUGAGGACGGGGUGCAGCCCUGACGGUGCCCCGAGUCUGGGGCACCGGCCUCUCCUGUGGCCUCUGUGUCUGCGAGGUUUGCUCUGGUCCUUCCGCCCACGGUGCUGGCUGAGCCAGUGCAGAGGCCCCUCCUCAGACAUAGGAGUUUCCGGGAGCCCUGUGCACGGCCCUGCCUCUGAAGGUCCCACGUCUCCAGGACCCAGAGGAGCCAGGAAGCUUCUAGAACCAUCCAAAUCCCAGUGUCUGACACCCUGGCAGCCACCCGUGUCGGGGCCUCUGCGGGCAGCCUGCCCUCACCCGGGAGGCCCAGUGUCACCCACGCUCUGGGACCUGGGGGCUCCCGUCCACCCAGGCACGGCACCGCGGGUCCACCGCCCCCCCCCCCGCCCCCCCCGCUUCCUGCCCCUGUGCGCCUGCCAUCUCUGCCCGGGAAACACUACGGCUCCAGCCCCGGCUCCUGGUCGUCACACAGACAGACCACAGUGCACACACUUUUCUUACAAAGUUUGUGAGAAGCAAUAUUUAGAAUAACUCAUUCUUGUUUUUCUAAGAUCUAGAGUUAUCCAAACAUUUUAUCCAUUUAUAGUAUACCCUUUAUAAACAUUUUUGUCCUUUUUUAAUAUUCCAGGUGUAAACUUUUUUCCCAUUUAUGAAUUUCCCCCUGGAAAACCCAUUUAAAGGCAUUCGUUCCACAUACAAAAGUCAUGGGCAUGUCGGGCUCUGGUGGAGCGGGAAUGGGCAGGCCGGCGCCAGAGUGCAGGCGUGAAGAGAAGACUGUACGUCCUCGUGCAGGUGUGGGCGCCAGAGUGAGGGGGGCCUCGGUGAGAGGACCCACGGGUGCUUCUGGGUGGGGGCGGGGGGAGCCAGAGUCCCCGGUGGGCGCAGGUCUGUGGGGGGGAGUGAGGCUCCACCGGCGAUUCCAGAGCCGCCUGUAGUCUGGGAAAGCAGGGUCACCUGGCCAUCGUCCCAUAUCACAGGGCAGACUGAGGCGCGGUGCUUCCGGGGACGGGCCUGUGUCAGGGCGGCCGCCUCAGCAGUGGGGGAGUGGACAAGACGGUGCGGAGGCUGCGGGCAAGUCCACGGGGAGGGGCUCUGUCCUCAGGGGCCUGGCCUCCGGUGGGGAAGGAGGGAGACAGCUCGAUCUCGACGUGCAGUCAGCCAGGAAGGUCCCUGUGGUGGUUGAAGGGUGUCGUCCUCCAUGGCCUGGGCCGUGGGCCGGCACGAUGGUGGUGCUCGGUGUGUGUGGGCAGGCGCAGAGUGUGCCCGCCCACGCCUUGCUGCAGAGCGUGGCUCCAAGGCCUGGAAUAAGUGACCUAGCUCGUCUCUGACAUCUGUUCACAGGCAUUCUUUUCAGAUGUGCUGCUCAUUGCUUUUCCUUUUUUUAAAAAAUUGAUUUCAGAGAGGAAGGGAGGCGGGAGAGAGAGAGAGAGAGAGAGAGAGAUCCAUGACGGGAGAGAAUCAUGGAUGGGCGCCUCCUGCACGCCCCACACUGGGGGUCGAGCCCGCAACCCGGACCUGUGCCCUGACCGGGAAUCGAACCCAGACCUCCUGGUUCAUAGGUCGACGCUCACCCACUGAGCCACGCCGGCCGGGCGAAGCCCAUUCCUCUUCAUUCGUAGAACUGGCGCGUGCUUCACACUUUGGGGAGAAGGUGCCCGAGUAUUUUCCCGGGGAAGGUGCUCUCGUCCGUGUUCUGCAGGUGACGUGUGUCCGGUGGAGGAGGAGGCGUGUGGUGUGAUAAGCAGACACAGCAGGUGCCCUCCUGGGCCCAGGCUCCGGGCACAGCCCAGCCUUGU